UCCCUCCCGCGGCCCCGCCCGCCCCCGCGGAGCCGAGCAGAGGGCGGCGGCAGUGGCGGCUGCUAGAACGGCCCGGGAGGAGGAGGAGGAGAGGAUGGCGGCGGCGUCCUGGGCGAGGCGGAGAUGAGAGCCUGCGGCCCCAGGCCCAGGGCGGCGUGGCCGGAGUGGGCGGGGGUCCCGAUGCAGGCCCGAGGGGGGCCAUGGGGCAGGUCCUGCCGGUCUUCGCCCACUGCAAAGAAGCUCCGUCUACAGCCUCCUCUACCCCUGACUCCACGGAAGGAGGGAACGACGACUCAGAUUUUCGGGAGCUGCACACAGCCCGAGAAUUCUCCGAGGACGACGAAGAAGAGACCACGUCGCAGGAUUGGGGCACCCCGCGGGAGCUGACCUUCUCUUACAUCGCCUUUGACGGCGCGGGGGGCGCUGGGGCGCGCCGGGAUUCAGCUGCCCGCCGGCCCCGGCCCCAGGGCCGCUCAGUCUCCGAGCCGCGAGACGCGCCUCUUCAGCCUGGCCUGGGCGACAGCUUGGAGAGCAUCCCCAGCCUGAGUCAGUCCCCAGAGCCCGGCCGUCGCGGUGACCCCGACACCGCCCCUCUGGCUGGGCGCCCCCUAGAUGAUCUGGGGUUCCAGCUGGAGCAGCUGGGCUGGGCAGCUCGAGAAGCCAGGUACGAGGAGGACUCUGCUACCAGCAGCUCCACCCCGCUGGAAGACGAAGAAGAGGCUGGAGAGGCUGGGAAAGAACUGGACCUACAACUCGGACUCACUCAGUCCUCGCCGCCCGAAGUCUUGACUCCACAGCCCAGUCCUGGUUCUGGGACUCCCCAGGCCUAUCACCAGUCCCCACCCAGAUCCCGGGAUUCGAACUCUUCUCCUGAUGAGCCCUCACUGGAGGACAAAGAGGAAGAGCCGUGGGGACAACUGGAGCGGGAGCCAAUCACCGGGCAGUGCCUCGAUAGCACGGACCAAUCAGAAUUCACAUUGGAACCACACCUUCUAGGUAAACUGCUGGAGCGAAGAUCCACCCCUUUAGCUGUUUACAAGAGAUCCACCCCUUUGGGGGAUGGUCCGCACCUCUAUGGAGAGCAAUUGGCCCGGCCAGAGGGGGCCCCGCCCCCUACUCCCUCCCUCCGGGUUCCACUGAAGUGGGCGAAAUCCCCGAGAAGCAGCGGUGUCCGCAGCCUCUCACUCGGAUCAGAGAUGGGGAGUAAAGUGGCAGACCUGCUGUACUGGAAGGACACAAGGACAUCAGGAGUGGUCUUCACAGGCCUCAUGGUCUCUCUGCUGUGCCUCCUGCACUUUAGCAUCGUGUCUGUGGCGGCCCACGUGGCUCUGCUGCUGCUCUGUGGCACCAUCUCUCUCAGGGUUUACCGAAAAGUGCUGCAUGCUGUGCACCGGGGGGACAGCAUCAACCCCUUUCAGGUUUACCUGGACGUGGACCUGACCCUGACUCGGGAGCAGACAGAACGUUUGUCCCAGAAGAUCGCCUCCCAAGUGGUAUCUGCAGCCACCCAGCUGCGGCAUUUCUUCCUGGUAGAAGAUCUCGUGGACUCCCUUAAGCUGGCCCUUCUCUUCUACAUCUUGACCUUCGUGGGUGCCGUCUUCAAUGGUUUGACUCUUCUCAUUCUGGGAGUGAUCGGUUUAUUCACAGUGCCCCUGCUGUACCGACAGCACCAGGCCCAGAUCGACCAGUAUGUGGGAUUGGUGAACAAUCAGUUGAGCCACGUCAAAGCUAAGAUCCGAGCUAAGAUCCCAGGGACCGGAGCCUUUGCUUCAGCAGCAGCCGCAGUCUCCGGAUCCAAAGCCAAAGCCGAAUGAAACGGGUGUCUCUGCCUGCGGGACGCCUGCCCCCACUCCCUGCAGCCCUCUGCCCACCUCUAUCUCCCUUCCGUCCUCACCCACUUCCCGCCUCGGCCCAAGCCAUUUCCCGGUGGGUGUCAGGAUCACUCACACCAGAGUUUGCGCAAAUUCCCUGAGCGGCCAGGACUACAUUUCCCAUGAGGCUCUGCUCUGGGAGUCCAGGCGAGGCGAGGCACCUUGGCCGUGGGGCCUGCUGGGACUUGUAGUUGCCUAGCUAAGGCACCCAUCCUGCACUUACGUGACCCCGCCGCUGGAGGCGCCGUGAGAGGUUGGUGUCUCCCGGACACCACUAGCCCCAGCACUGGGGUUUUGCAUGGGGCCCAGGGGAGGCCUGAGCUUGGAUUUACAUUAUAAUAAAGACUUCUGUGGAAAACCCAAA